AUGCGUCGCCCCACGGGCUGCCCGCUGAGCCAGAUCUGCAUCCCCCCUCCCGCCGUCCUGGCGCGAAGCUUCCCCGUGGGAUCCAGCCUGGAUUCCUGCGGCACCGGCAGAAGCUUCCAGCGCCUCCCUCGCCGCGGGAUCCCCUGCUGCUACCCCGGCACCACCACCUAUGUCAGUCUGGGCGGUCUGGCCGCGGCCCAGGCGGCCGGCUGUGCCAAUCCCUGCGGCCUGGUGGCCACCACGUGUGUCCCACCGUGCUGCCAGGGCCUGUCCGGGGUCACCAGGACCUGCGGGAACCCCUCCUGCUGCUGCUGCUGCUGCCGGGUGACCGAGUACAGCAGCACCAGCCGGGAUUGCUGCCAGGAGCUGGCCAAGAGCUCCACAGCCACGUGCCAGGAUCCGUGUUGUCAGGAGGUCUCCACGUGUCAGGAUCCGUGUUGUAAGGAGGUCACCAAGUGUGUCACCACCUGUCAGGAUCCAUGUUGUCAGGAGGUCUCCAAGUGUGCCACCACGUGCCAGGAUCCGUGUUGUCAGGAGGUGACCAAGUGUGUCACCACGUGUCAGGAUCCAUGCUGUAAGGAGGUCACCACAUGCACCAGGACAUGCCAAGAUCCGUGUUGCCAGGAGGUCACCAAGUGCACUAGGACAUGUGUGGAUCCCUGCUGUCAGGAGGUCACCAAGUGUGUCACCACGUGCCAGGAUCCGUGUUGCCAGGAGGUCACCAAGUGUGUCACCACGUGUCAGGAUCCGUGUUGCCAGGAGGUCACCAAGUGCACCAGGACAUGUCAGGAUCCCUGCUGCCAGGAGGUCUCCAAGUGUGUCGCCACCUGUCAGGAUCCAUGUCGUAAGGAGGUCACCACAUGCACCAGGACAUGCCAAGAUCCAUGUUGCAAGGAGGUCACCAAGUGUGUCACCACGUGCCAAGAUCCAUGUUGCAAGGAGGUCACCAAGUGCACCAGGACAUGUGUGGAUCCCUGUUGUAAGGAGGUCACCACGUGUGUCACCACAUGCCAAGAUCCGUGUUGCCAGGAGGUCACCAAGUGUGUCACCACAUGCCAGGAUCCUUGUUGCAAGGAGGUCACCACUUGUCAAGAGGUCACCAAGCGUGUCACCACGUGCCAGGAUCCCUGCUGUCAGGAGGUCACCAAGUGUGUCACCACGUGCCAAGAUCCCUGUUGUCAGGAGGUCACCAAGUGUGUCACCACGUGCCAAGAUCCGUGUUGUAAGGAGGUCACCAAAUGCACCAGGACAUGUGUGGACCCCUGCCGUCAGGAGGUCACCAAGUGUGUCACCACGUGUCAAGAUCCCUGUUGUAAGGAAGUGACCACGUGCACCACCACGUGUGUGGACCCCUGCUGCCAGGAGGUCACCAAGCGUGUCACCACCUGUGUGGAUCCGUGUUGUAAGGAGGUCACCAAGCGUGUCACCACCUGUGUGGACCCCUGCUGCCAGGAGGUCACCAAGCGUGUCACCACCUGUGUGGACCCCUGCUGCCAGGAGGUCACCAAGUAUCGUGUCACCACCUGUGUGGACCCGUGUUGUCAGGAGGUCACCAAGUGCAGAACCAGGUGUGUGGAUCCGUGUUGUCAGGAGGUCACCAAGUGCGUCACCACCUGCCAGGAUCCCUGCUGUGCCACCAGGUGUGUCACCAGGUGUGUGGACCCAUGUUGCAAGGAGGUCACCAAGUGUGUCACCACCUGCCAGGAUCCCUGUUGUGCCACCAGGUGUGCCACCAGGUGUGUCGAUCCCUGCUGCCAGGAGGUCACCAAGUGUGUCACCACGUGUGUGGAUCCCUGCUGCCAGGAGGUCACCAAGUAUGCCACCAGGUGUGUGGAACCAUGUUGCAAGGAGGUCACCAAGUGCACCACGACAUGCCAGGAUCCCUGUUGUGCCACCAGGUGUGUCACCAGAUGUGUGGACCCAUGUUGCAAGGAGGUCACCAAGUGUGUCACCACGUGCCAGGAUCCCUGUUGUGCCACCAGGUGUGCCACCAGGUGUGUCGAUCCCUGCUGCCAGGAGGUCACCAAGUGCACCACGACAUGCCAGGAUCCGUGCUGUGCCACCAGAUGUGUCACCACAUGCCAGGAUCCCUGUUGUGCCACCAGCUGUGUCAAUCCCUGCUGCCAGGGAGCGACCACCUGCUGCCAGGAUGUCACCAGAUGUGCCACCACGUGCCAAGACCCCUGCUGUGCCACCAGGUGUGCCACCACGUGCCAAGACCCCUGCUGCCAAGGAGUGACCACCUGUCCCACCCCAUGCCAAGACCCCUGCUGCCAGGGAGUGACCACGUGCUGCCAGGGAGUGACCACGUGCUGCCAGGACGUCACCAGAUGUGCCACCACGUGCCAAGAUCCCUGCUGUGCCACCAGGUGUGCCACCACGUGCCAAGACCCCUGCUGUGCCACCAGGUGUGUCACCACGUGCCAAGACCCCUGCUGCCAAGGAGUGACCACGUGCUGCCAGGAUGUCACCAGAUGUGCCACCACGUGCCAAGACCCCUGCUGUGCCACCAGGUGUGCCACCACGUGCCAAGACCCCUGCUGUGCCACCCCUCAGGGCCGCGGGGGCGUCCAGGUUGUCACCAGGUGCUCCGACUCCUGCUCCACCACCUGCGUCACCCAGACCUGCCCUGUCUGCGGCCAGCGCUGCCCCGUCUCCUGCUGCCCGAAAUUCCGGGCUCCCUGA